CUUUGAGAUUCAGCGUCGCUCAUUGCAUUCUUGAAUGGACCCACACUACCUCAAAAAAUACUUGGCUGCAUGAUCGCAACUCUAGUAUAGUCAUCAUGAGCCAAGAUGGGCAAUUGAAACAUGAGGCCGUCAUGAUCGAUGAAGAAGGAAAGGGGAAUACAACGGAGGGCGCAACGUCCUCUCAGUCGACACAGCUUGGCAGUGAAAAUGAGAAACAAAGCCAAGACAAGCAAGAGACAGUCAAGUCUGCGCGACGAAGUCUCAAUCCACUGCGACUCCAGAAAGCUCCUCCCAUACCCGAAGAAAGAGAGGUGUGCAGGGAGUAUCGUGCUAGUAUCGUCAGUUGCAUAACUUUUCAAUGGAUAGCACCGUUGAUCAAGACCGGUUACCUGCGCCAGCUAGAAACUCAGGAUGUAUGGUCAGUGAAUCCAGAUAGAAAAGUGGACCUUUUAACGGCCAGGUUCGAUAUUGCAUUGAAACGACGAACCGAGAAGGGGUCCAAGAAGGCGCUGAUAUGGGCUCUUUUCGACACCUUCAGAACCGAAUUUAUUAUUGGCGGUAUAUGCCAAGUAGUGAGCAUGAUACUGUCCGUAGUUACACCAUAUCUUGUCAGGAACUUGACCAGUUAUGCAAUGGACGCAUAUGCCGCCCACCAUGGCAAUCAUCCCAGUCCCAACCUUGGCCGUGGACUGGGGUUCGCUUUCGGCAUUCCCGUGAUGCAGGCUGUGCAGACCCUAUGUUUGAGUCAAGCUUUCUACCGCGGGAUGAUCUGCGGUGGCCAAAUCCGAGCCGUGCUUGUGUCCACUAUAUACACCAAGGCAAUGAAGUUGUCGGGACGUGCGAAGGCUGGGAGUGAACUCCCCCAUGCGGCUGACAAGCAAGGCACGAAGCGGCCCCAGCGACAGCAGCCGAGGAAAGACAUCAGCACCAUCGAGGGGAGCGGUUGGGGCAACGGGCGCAUAAUCACUUUGAUGGGUGUGGAUGUGGAUCGUAUUGACAGAGCGUGCGGCUUGAUUCAUAUGCUCUGGACUACACCCGUUGUUUUAGGCGUGGCUCUGAUAUUCAUGGUCAUCAACAUCGGCUACAGCGCACUUCCAGGUUACGGUCUGGCGGUUUUCGGAGCGAUGAUACUAGCUUACUUUGUCAAGUCCCUUAUCAGUCUCCGAAGAGCAGUCAACAAGAUCACUGACCAGCGAGUGUCUUUGACACAGGAGAUCCUCUCUAGUGUUAAGUUUGUGAAAUUUUUUGGUUGGGAAAGCAGCUUCCUGCAGCGUCUUGAAAACACACGCAAACGCGAGAUCAGUUCUCUCCGACGGCUCCUGGUUAUACGGCAUGCUAUCACAGUUGGCAUGCUCUCCCUUCCUGCGUUGUCCUCGAUGCUGUCCUUUAUCACUUACGCAUUGACGAACCAUUCCCUGUCCCCGGAUCGCAUCUUUUCCUCGCUGGCCUUGUUCAAUGCUCUCCGGAUGCCAUUGGCGAUCCUGAACCUCGCAAUGACGCAAGCAACGGAUGCUUGGACCGCUCUCUGCCGCAUCCAGGAGUUCUUGCUGGCUGAGGAGCGCGAAGAAAGUAUUGUCUGGGAGUCCACAAUGGCGAACGCUAUUGAGGUCGAACAUGCUUCGUUCACAUGGGAGCGUGUACGUAACUCUGAUGGACCGACAGAGUCUCGUCCUAGCCAGGCUGCGAUCGCUUCAGCCAAGGUAGAGCCAGCGUCAACCGACGCUCUGGCCGAGCAAGAGGCGCACAGUAAACUCCCAUUUCAAUUAGUGGAUAUGGAUUUCGAGGUUGGUCGUGGUGAGUUGAUCGCAAUUAUUGGACCGGUGGGUAGUGGGAAAACAUCACUACUGGCAGCUUUGGCUGGCGACAUGAGACAGACAACCGGAAAUGUCAGAAUGGGUGUCACUCGUGGCUACUGCCCACAGUAUGCCUGGGUCCAAAAUACCACAGUACGGAACAAUAUACUGUUCGGAAGAGAGUAUGAUGAGGCUCGGUAUAACGAGGUGAUCGAUGCAUGCGCACUUCGAUCGGAUUUGGCUAUGUUUCCGGCUGGAGAUCAGACGGAAAUCGGCGAGCGUGGCAUCACCAUCUCCGGCGGUCAGAAGCAGCGGCUGAACAUUGCUCGGGCAAUCUAUUCGGAUUCAGAGCUUGUGCUCAUGGAUGAUCCUCUGUCGGCGGUCGAUGCACAUGUGGGCCGCCACAUCAUGGACAAGGCUAUUUGUGGACUUCUCAAGCAUCGGUGUCGGGUACUGGCAACCCAUCAAUUGCAUGUGCUUGGGCGAUGCGACCGGAUCAUCGUCAUGGAGCAUGGAAAGAUCCACGCGAUAGGAACAUUUGACAUUCUUAUGCGCACAAGUGACGUCUUUCAACGGCUAAUGUCCAUAACAUCCCAGCAAGACGCCUUGGAUCAGGAACCGUCAAACACUGGCGCUACUACCGAUGAAAAGCCAGAGACCGCACGGAGAGUUCCGGGGGGUGCCCUGAUGCAAAAAGAGGAUAUGGCGACUGGCUCGGUUGGUUGGGAUGUCUUGCGAACAUACAUCAAAGCAUCAGGAUCUUACCUCAACGUGCUUGUCUCCUUGUGCUUGACUCUUACUGUCAAUGGCGCGCUGGUGAUGUCCGGGCUCUGGUUGUCCUUCUGGACUUCUAACAAGUAUCCUGGCCUGACCACAGGCCAGUAUGUCGGGAUCUACAUCGCGGUUUGUUGCAGUCAAUUUAUUGCAAUGUAUGGGUUCGCGGCGCAUGUGACGAUUGUUGGCGCCAACGCCAGCAAAGAAAUGCUUCACCGCGCCAUGUAUCGGAUUCUACGGGCGCCCAUGUCAUUCUUCGAUACUACGCCAAUGGGGCGAAUCACGAACCGUUUCUCGAAGGAUGUACAGGUUAUGGACAGCGAUCUACCUGAUUCAAUCCGGCUAUUCGUAUUGACAUUGUCGCAGAUUACCGCUACAGUCGGGAUGGUGAUUGCAUUCUACUAUUAUUUUGCUAUCGCGCUAGGGCCAUUGGUCCUUAUGUUUGUCUUCGCGGCGAGCUACUACCGUGCGUCGGCGCGCAACCUCAAACGGCAUGAGGCAGUCCUCCGUUCUGGGGUGUUUGCUCGAUUCGGCGAAGCCAUCGCAGGUUCCGCGACUAUUCAAGCGUACCAAGCGGAGGAGCAUUUUAAAAUUUCUAUUCACAAAGCGAUUGAUGAGAUGAACGGCGCCUACUUCUUGACCUUUGCCAACCAACGGUGGCUUGGAGUGCGACUGGACAUGAUCGGCACUUUGUUGACUUUGGUGACAAGUCUCCUUGUUGUUACCUCACGCUUAGAUGUCUCGCCCAGUAUUGCAGGCUUGGUUCUAUCGUACGUGGUUUCCAUCACCCAGAGCUUAGGGUUCACUGUACGACAAUUUGCCGACGUGGAUAACAACAUGAACGCCGCCGAGCGCGUGAACCACUACGGCACCCAGCUGGAAGAGGAGGCCCCCCUUCAUUUGACGGACGUCGGAAGUGAGUGGCCCUCAACCGGUCGCAUAACCUUCUCAGACGUGCAGAUGCGUUAUCGAGCCGGGCUCCCUUUGGUGCUCAAGGGACUUUCCAUGGACAUCCACGGCGGUGAGCGCAUCGGGAUCGUGGGUCGCACGGGUGCGGGCAAGUCCAGCAUCAUGGCGGCCUUGUUCCGGCUGACGGAGCUUUCGGGGGGCAGGAUUCAAAUUGACAGUGUCGACAUCGCCACCGUCGGUCUAUACGAUCUUCGCAGGCGUCUGUCGAUCAUCCCGCAGGAUCCGACGUUGUUCAAAGGAACCAUACGCUCAAACCUGGAUCCAUUCAACGAACACACUGAUCUAGAGUUGUGGUCUGCGCUACGCAAAGCGCACCUGGUCGACCAGGAACUUGUCGGCGACAAAAGCCCCGAAGAAGGAGGCACCGCCACACCUGCCCUGACCGACGCGAGUACCCCGGUGCCGAAACGCCUCCACCUCGACACCUUGGUGGAGGAAGACGGACUCAACUUCUCGCUCGGCCAAAGACAGCUGAUGGCUCUGGCACGAGCUCUGGUGCGCGACUCGCGGGUGAUCGUCUGCGAUGAGGCGACGUCGUCCGUGGACUUUGAGACGGACCAGAAAGUGCAAGAGACGAUGGCUCAUGGCUUCGAGGGCAAGACUUUGCUUUGUAUCGCCCAUCGACUGCGAACGAUUCUGCACUACGACCGCAUCUGCGUGAUGGGCCAGGGGAAGAUCGCGGAGAUGGAUACGCCGUUGCGGCUGUGGGAGGCUGAGGGUGUGUUUCGGGAUAUGUGUGAUCAGAGUGGGAUCACGCGAGAGGACUUUUUGGGACUAAGCGGAUAGAUAUGCUUUUUUUCGUUGCGUGUAUAUAGUCCAAGAACUUACAGCUGGCCAAUCGACUAUGCGCCUGCCGGUCCAGUCUGUGUUUUUGCUCAUAUAAGCCGCUAUCGCAGAGUAUUGGAUAACCAGCCUUGUUUGAUACAUAAAAUAGACACGAAUGACAUCGAGUUCCUAUCCCAACCUGACACCAUUGACAGGCGUCUCCCAACCGUCAGCUACAACACUAGCAGACAUCGCGAUAGACGAGAAUAGAACAGUAAAUACCACGCAAACCCAAGCCAGCUCGAUGUAUAUAUAGCAACUCGAAGCUCGGACCAAGCGGACGAGUCACUACAUGAGAUUGCUAUGGCC